CGACCUAAAACCCUCGAAAACCCCAGAAAGCAAGAGACGCCCAAGAUUUCCAUCCCUUUGCUCCAGAUCGUGCGCCGCCUCUCCACCGAUGAGCUUCAGAAACGUCAAGGUUCCCAACGUUCCCGGUGGUGCCCGGGCGGCGGGGACGCUGGUGAAGUUGGCAGUCGUUGGCGGCGUUGCCGUCUAUGGUGCCCUUAACAGCCUCUACAAUGUCGAGGGUGGGCACCGUGCCAUUGUUUUCAAUCGACUCCAGGGCAUCAAGGAUAAGGUAUAUCCUGAGGGAACACAUUUGAUAAUUCCCUGGUUUGAAAGACCUAUUAUCUAUGAUGUUCGUGCUCGUCCCCAUCUAGUAGAGAGCACAUCUGGAAGCCGUGAUCUUCAGAUGGUGAAAAUUGGACUUAGGGUGCUUACACGACCUGUGGCAGAUCAGUUGCCAACCAUCUACCGAACUCUUGGGGAGAAUUAUAAUGAGAGGGUGCUUCCUUCAAUCAUCCAUGAAACUCUGAAGGCUGUUGUGGCUCAGUAUAACGCUAGCCAGCUGAUUACGCAGAGAGAGACUGUGAGCAGGGAGAUACGGAAGAUACUGACAGAUAGAGCAAGAAACUUCAAUAUCGCUCUGGAUGAUGUGUCAAUUACAACUCUGAGUUUUGGGAAGGAGUUUACUCAUGCUAUUGAAGCUAAGCAGGUGGCUGCACAAGAAGCUGAGAGAGCCAAAUUUAUUGUUGAAAAAGCGGAACAGGAUAAGAAAAGUGCUAUUAUUAGAGCACAGGGUGAGGCGAAAAGUGCACAGCUCAUUGGGCAAGCAAUUGCGAACAAUCCAGCCUUUCUCACUCUAAGGCAGAUCGAAGCUGCGAGGGAAAUAGCCCAAACAAUUGCGAAUUCAUCCAAUCGGGUGUACUUGAAGUCUGAUGAUCUGCUGCUAAACCUACAGCAGCUGGAUUUCGAAAACCAAACCAAGAAGAAAUGAGUUUUAUUUAGUUCCGUUCCUGCUGUGUAUGGAAAAACCUUUUGAGAUCGAAUGAUGCAACACGGAAGAGUUCGGUAUUGUUCCCUGCUUUUAUCAGAAUCUGCCUUGUUAGAAAGAUGAUUCUAUUUUUGAUUUAAUGUUACCAAACUUGCAAUGACUUUCAGCCAGUAGUCUCUAUCAUCAGUUGUGUUUGACAUUGCCCAAAUGAAAGCUCUGGUCUUCCUUUUGAUAGCAAA